UAGCUGCAUCCUCCAUUCCCUCCCUAGCUGACACACCAUUCCAUUCCAUCUCGAUCCGGCGUCCCCAGGCCUCGUCUCAGUAGUCAGUACCUCGCCGGCGAUUUCUAUCUCCGUCGAGCAAGGCCGCAGCUGACAGCCUUACGACUUCGAUCUCCGGCAUCCGCCCACGCUCCCGCCUGCAGCGCAGAGUACUGUGCGGCGAUCAUCGAUACAUAUAAAAAACACCGGUGCGCGGGAAGAGGCGGCGCGCGAGAGAGUCCGUUCUCGUGUGGUUUGCGGACGAACGUGCGUGAGCUCUCGUCGGAAGAAGAAGAUGGUGAACACGAAGCGCGUCGAGCCGGUGCAGGGCGGCGGCCUCCCGCUGGCGGCGCUGAACCACAUCUCGGUCGUGUGCCGGUCGCUCGAGAGCUCCGUGCACUUCUACCGGAACGUCCUCGGGUUCAUCCCCAUCCGCCGCCCGGGAUCCUUCGACUUCGACGGCGCAUGGCUGUUCAACUACGGCAUCGGCAUCCAUCUUCUGCAGGCGGAGGACCCCGAGAGCAUGCCCCCGAAGAAGACGCAGAUCGACCCCAAGGACAACCACAUCUCCUUCCAGUGCGAGAGCAUGGAGGCGGUGCAGCGGCGGCUCAAGGAGCUGGGCGUCCGCUACGUGCAGCGGCGCGUGGAGGAGGGCGGCAUCUUCGUGGACCAGCUCUUCUUCCACGACCCCGACGGCUUCAUGGUCGAGGUCUGCACCUGCGACAACCUCCCCAUCGUGCCCCUCGUCCCCGUCGAGGGCAGCGCCAUCCUCGGCCUGCCGCCCCCGGCGCCGGCCUGCAAGAGGCCAGCUGCAGCGACCCUCAGGCCAGCGCCGCCGCUUCCCGUCCCCGUGGCGGUGCCGGCGCCGGUCUCGGCCGCGGCCGCGGUGCCGCCCGCGCAGUGCGUUCCGGCGAAGGCCGGCAGCUACGUCGGCGAGGUAAAGGCGGCGGGCAUCGUCGGAACACCGGCAUUUUGAAGACCCAGUGAAGAAAUUUUCUUGUCUAGCUUGUUUCCAUCGAUUCAAUUCGUCGACCAUGAAGAAGAAAGCUGUAUGUACGGGCGGGCGUCCGUGUGCUUGUCCGAUCCGACCCGUCAAGUUUUUUAUUUAAUUUUUUUGUUCGAUGUCGAGUGCGCUCUCCUCUGACGGACUGUUGCAGCUGCAGCUAAGUGAUUGUGAUCUUAUUAGUGGCCAUCGCUUGCACACACAGAGGAGUGAGGAGAUCGAUCCGCUGCAGCUAGCUAGCUGCUGCAUGCACCUUGUAACACUGCACAUGUUUAUACCCAUGCAUGUUGUAAUAUAUUUAUUUAUUUAUUAUAUAUGAUAUAUCCAUGAUCCAUCCAUACGGUAAUACUCAA